AUGCCCCAAUUGACGGAGCCGAAUAACCUCCCUCCUGAGCCAUUCAACGCCACAUACAAAUUCCAAAAUACCACUCUUCGCCAAACGAUCCGUAUCAACUACCCAGCUACCCAGAUCCGUCUCCGAAUAUCCAACGCCUUUGGUACUGAAGAUCUGCCAAUCUCAAAAGUCUCUAUUAGUCGGACAAAGAACAAUACAUUGGGGAGCCACGAGAUUCUGACCGAUACAACAGAAGAGCUCUUAUUCAGUGGAAAUCCGGACAUUAUCAUUCCCAACGGUGCAUUGGCGGUGUCUGACCCGAUUAACUUUCCGUUAAAAAGAGCACAGGAGACAGUUACCGUGGAUAUUUAUCUCGAGAAUGGGCAGAGUGGCGGCAUCACGGCCCACCCGUCAAGUCGGACGACAUCUUGGUUGGCGCUAGGCGAUAGGGUCGGAGAACCAGAUCUGAAGGACGCGGAUGCGACGAGCGUGGACCAUUGGUAUCUAAUAAGUGCCGUAGAGGCCCUUCUACCUAACGAAGUGCACAGCUGCGUCAUCAUUGGUGACAGCAUCACAGACGGACGAGGAAGCGAGACGAACAAGAACAAUCGAUGGCCCGACCUUCUAAUCCCUCGCCUACAAAAGAGCCCAUCAACAUCCUCCCUCGCCAUCCUCAACCAAGCAGUCGGCGGCAACAAGCUCCUAUCCGACAACGUAGGCCCAAAUGUCCUUAGCCGGAUAGACCGAGACAUACUCGCCCAGACGAACGUGAAAUACGUGAUCAUAUUCUCCGGUGUCAACGACAUCGGCAGCGCAGCUACAGACGACGCUUCGCAAACGGACAUCGAGAAGCGAUUGAUUGUUGCAUACGAACAGUUCGUGACGCGUGUGCAUGCGGCGGGAAUCCCAGUGUUCGGAGCAACGAUUACGCCGUUUGUUGCCCCAGAGGGAGUUGAUUCUUUGUAUUCGGAUCCGAGGAGGGAGGAGACGAGGGGACACGUGAAUGAGUGGAUUCGGACGAGUGGCGUGUUUGAUGAGGUGUUGGACUUUGAUGCGGUUUUGAGAGACCCGAAGAAUAAGAAGCAGUUGAAGGAGGAAUACAAUUCCGGGGAUUAUUUACAUCCCAAUGUUGCUGGGUAUCAGAGGUUGGCAGAUGCCUUUCCGUUGGAUGUGUUUGGUCGGGCUUAUUGA